AUGGCCCAAGAGACAAACCAGAGUCCGGUGCCCAUGCUAUGUGCCACAGGCUGUGGUUUCUAUGGCAACCCAAGAACCAACGGUAUGUGCUCUGUAUGCUACAAGGAACACCUGACACGGCAGCAGAGCAGUGACCGGAUGAGCCCCCUGAACCCUAUGGGCUCAACUUCUAGUCCUACCUCAGAAGCCUCUGCAAUCCAGAGACUAGAAGCUAGUCUAGCUAAAGUUGAUGCCUCCCCUGCCUCAUCGCCAGACAUGUCUAGAACUGUUCAAGGAUCGCUUCCUGUGACACAACAAAUGACAGAAAUGAGCAUCUCAAGAGAGGACAAGCCUGAAUCCCUAGAACCUGUUGUAACCCAGCCAGCUGCCUCUACCCCCAACUCCGAUGCUUCUUCCAGCAGUGAUGAUAGCAAAGAUGACUCGUCCAAGCCCAAGAAGAACAGAUGCUUCAUGUGCCGCAAGAGAGUGGGCCUUACAGGAUUUGACUGUCGCUGUGGAAACCUCUUCUGUGGUAUUCACCGGUACUCCGACAAGCACAACUGCCCCUACGACUACAAGGCUGAAGCAGCUGCCAAGAUCCGUAAGGAAAACCCUGUGGUGGUGGCUGACAAGAUCCAGAGAAUAUAA